AUGUGUCCUCCCCUCGCCUCCCUAGCGCCGCGGCCCGGCAGGCCCAUCGCGGGCCCGCUCGGCCCGACCGUGCCGCCGCCGCGCGCCCGAGGCCCCGUGCCCCGUUCCUCGUCCCGAGCCAGGGAGGAGAGGAGCUCCUCCCGUUCGCCCCGCCGCCUCGAGGCACCCCAGCGAGCCUCGCCGUCGCCAGCGCGCCUUCCCUCCGCCGCCGCGCCCGCAGCGCCCCGCCUCGCCGGCGAUGCCCUUCGCCUCCCCGCUCCUCCGCCGGACCGCUCGUCCUCGCGCCGCCUCCCGUCGCCGUCCGCCCCGCCGACGACCUCGCCCCGCGGCCAUGCCCGACCAACCGCUGCCUCCUCGUCGCCGUUAGGCCUCGCUCCGGCAAGAUUCGGCACAGCGCCGCCCCGUUCUGGCCUCCUCCGCCGCUGGCCGGAGCCGGAGUUCUGCCGCGCCGGCGCCCCUGCCUCGUCCCGCUCGCCGUUGACCGUCCAGCCGCGUCCCCGCGCCGGCCUGACCCCGUGGGCCCCGCGGCCCAGCCCAGCGUCGGGCGCUGCCCCGGCCUGCCUCCUCAACCCCCUGAUGGCCCAGCCCAGCACCGACAAGCCCAAGGGCCCUAGGUGA